UUUAGUUUAAAUUCAUUCAAAUUAAGUUCAUUUAGUUAUAUAGCUGACUAAAAACUUUGUUAAUUUUGAAUUUACAACGACUGAAAAUUUACCCUUUGAUCUUUAACCCAACUCACUGAAAAAAGAAGUUCAAGGCAUCAAAAUGAAACGCAACCGAAACCAUCACAAAAAAGUGAUCGGAAGGAGGCCCCGACUGUCACUGCCGGUGCUUCUUAAAAUCUGUCUAUUUUACGUCUAUCUCAGCUUUACGCCUGUGAAAAGUUAUAAAACCAAGCAAUCCAUAGCCCAGGGAACGAAACAAACCGUUUGCUACGAACAGCUCGGCUGUUUCUCUAGUCUGCCCCCAUUUUCACCAACAAUGCCACUCCCAAUGUCUCCACACAAGAUUCAAACGGAAUAUUACUUAAGAACGAGGCAGAAUCCAAACGUCGAUCAACCAAUUAUUCCAGAGGCGAGCAAUCUUACCAAUUCCUUGUUUGAUCCUACCAAACCGACAAAGAUAAUUAUCCACGGUUAUGUGCUGUUGGUGGCCAACUUUCCAGAAUGGGUUCCUCAAGUCACCGAAACGAUUUUAUAUCAAGAAGACGUUAACGUUAUACAGAUCAACUGGGUAAAAGGCGCCCAUGUUGAAUACGACAACGCUGCUUCAAACACGCGUCUGGUAGGAGCACAAGUUGGUUUUCUUAUCAAAAUGUUAAUGGAGGUGCGUAACGCUCGCGCUGAAAACUUUCACCUUGUCGGCUUCAGUUUGGGUGCACAUGUAGCAGGGUUUGCCGGUAAAACGGUACAGCAAGCCGGGAAGAGGCACACCGUUGGACGAAUAACCGGUUUAGAUCCGGCCAACCCGGGAUUCAAUUCUGACAACUCGUCCGUCAGACUCGACCGUUCUGACGCAAAAUUCGUAGAUGUUAUUCACACAGACACUCACACCAUGUUAAAUAUGGCUUCUGGAAUGAACCGAAACUUGGGCCACGCCGACUUUUACCCGAACGGAGGAGCUUACCAAACUGGUUGCAGUGCGUGGAAAGAUGACUCCACCUGGGUAUCAGCGGUGACCGACUCUACAACAUGUGACCACUUACGAGCCACCCAGCUUUUUAAAGAGAGCAUAAAUGCUACUGGUUCUGAGCACUUUAUGUCCGCUUACCGAUGCGACAGUUAUGAAAAAUUCAAGCGUGGCGUGUGCCUUCGUUGCUCAGGCAACAACGGUAAAGGCAGAAACCGAUGUCGUCGUAUGGGAUAUUGGGCAACUCCGCCGCAUGGGAAACAAAACCAAGUCCAGUAUUACCUAACCACAAGCGGGCACGCCCCAUUUACAGUUAAACACUACCAAGUUCAAAUCCACUGGCGAAACGACACUGCAACUUACUCGAACGUGAAUAUUGAAGGAUUUAAAGCGAAAUUGUACCUCACACUCCACGGCGAACGCGGCAGCACGACGGAAAUCGCACUUAAUGACGGAGCGACUUUUCAAGUCAUUGCUGGCAAGACCACCCGGUUUCUUGUAACACAAGACACAGCACAAGACAUUGGUGAAAUACAGCGCGUUACUUUCCGAUGGGAGAGGCCAACUUGUUGGACGUGGUUUUUCUGCCCAACUGAAAACAUUCACUUAAAACGUAUCAAAAUUUUCGACGCUGAGGAACAAAGAAGGUACGUGUACCUGCCCCUCGGAAAAGACCGCGAAGGACGAAUUCGCUCAUACGAGAUUAAACCCGACGAACAAUUCGAGCUUCUCCGUUCCUCCUACAUUCGAUCUCUGUUCCCGGGAAAAUACCGAUCGUUAAAUAAAGAAGAAGCGUGGGUAAACCGUGUGCGACCCCCACUUGUUCGUGUCCCAAAGCGACCUCGACCGUCAAGCGGUCAACUCGACACCGAUGCUACGAACAAUCGUUUACCAGGCCCUAUUGCGACCUCGCCCCCAGAAGGUGAUCAUGAGACCGUCGUAUGAUGAUGAGCGACACAACCCCGGUCAUAAUAACAAUCAGACGCACGCGUGCACCAAGCGAUUACACUGUAAACCGCUAAUAAACGAAAGUUGCUCGGUGCACGAACUAGAGAAACACUGUGGAGUUCCAAACCGCGGGCCGAGACCGUCCGCAACCAAACGCGUAGGGCCGUGAACAAAUCCCUUGUUUUUUUGUUUUGUCUAUAUUUAUUUCUUAUUUAUUUGACUCUAAAUGUACGGUAUCGUUCUGUAAUAGUUCUGUUCCUGAUUUGUGUACCUACGUUUGUGUGGGCAGCGUUAACGUCAUUACCCCGCCAUCCACACAGCGCACCACUGUGAAACUAGCGUGCGGGUUUCAACGCAAAAUUCACCUACCCUUAUUUUUCGCAUGUUUCCUCGAACUGAAAAACCGCGGUGCAAAUGCUCUUACCUCUCCACUGAGCAACUAACCCGCCCCUCAUUAUGCCGAUCGCCGUACUGCUGCUGUAUACGCCGUUGCAAUGGUUUGUUAAGCAGCAUGGCCGUCGUUUUUUCUCCCAACCAAACGUACACGUCUUCCAAACGAACAUCAGAAGUGCCUUGUUUGUUUAAACCUGGUUUUCGUGUUCCCAUGUUCCCUACCCUGUUAGGUAACCCAUAUGAACGUGCAAUAGCUCGCGCCACCGAGAGUACCGGCGUACAUACAUAGCUGAAUUUAUCUUUUCCUUAAAAAUUCGUGUACGGUAUAUACAUUUUGCCCCACUAUAUAUUUUUGUACGCCCUUUCCGCAUGUAACGGAACUUACAUUAUAUAACAUUGCGCACGCCAUGUUACGAAAAAUACCACUUGGUUGACACUGUGAUUUUGUGUUCAAUUUACGUUACAAAUAAAUUCCCCACCUUUAA